GAUUAUUAUUGCUGAAUGCUGAGCUUUUGUUGUGGUUGUGAUCAAUCCAAUCAACUUGUUAUUAUUAGUCCUUGUUUAUAUUGUUUUAUGUUGAGCCAGUGAAAGUGAUUUUUGUGAAAUCGUGAAACAGUUCAGUUCCGUAAUGAAGAUGAUUUCUAGUUUAUCUCGUGCAGUGUUGUAGUUAUGGCGAUCGCAAGUUCUGGUAAAGCCGGUACAACAACGUAAUUACAAAAAGUCCUUCACCUUGCCAAAACGACAUGGCGGGUUUUCGACAGCUUGAUCGGAAAGUUUUCCCGCUACAAGACAUUCCUUCGGUUGUAAAAUUUUUUAAGAAGGAAUUAGAGAGGAAACCUGAACCUGAUUUAGCACUUCUAUCAAUUAUUGUUGGUGCUAUAGAAAAUUCCAUGACAUGUAAUAGGCCUUAUCCGGCUAAUAAUGAAAAUGAUGAGUUUGGGCAUCUUGUGCCUGUGGAAUACCACAUUGUGGAAACUCUUUACACUAAAUUUCACACUAUUAUUAAAUCAACAGUUGACAUGUCCUUGUACAGUGAUUUAAAAUAUGCCACUCGAGAACUAGUGAAGAGGGUAUCAGAUGUUAUUUGGAAUUCCUUAACCAGAAGUUACUACAAAGACAGAGCCCAUCUACAGAGUCUGUAUAGUUAUUUAACAGGUAACAAGCUGGACUGUUUUGGUGUGGCCUUCGCAGUGGUGGCUGCUUGUCAGGUGCUAGGGUUCAGUGACGUUCAUCUUGCCCUGUCCGAGGAUCAUACUUGGGUUGUGUUUGGUGAGAACGGAGAUCAGACAGCAGAAGUUACGUGGCAUGGCAAGGGUAGUGAGGACAAGCGAGGUCAAGAGGUCACGCCCGGGGUCGGUUCUCACUCGUGGCUCUACGUCAACGGCUACCCCAUCAUCUGUGACCGGUGGAUGGAGGUGGCAGCACUGGUGUCUACCAUCAACCCGUCGCUCAGUAUCACCAACGAUGUUGUCGAGGUGGCGCUACUGCAACAGGAGUUGUUGUGGGUGUUGUACGACCUCGGGCACUUGGCACAGUUCCCGAUCGCCAUAGGCAACCUGGCUGACCUGGAGGAGAUCAAUCCAACGCAGGGACGUCCCCCGUGCUCGUCGCUGUUCCAAGAAGCCAUCUUGUCUGCUCGCAAAUACUACAACAACCAACAUGUCUACCCGUACACUUACCAGGCGGGCUACUUCUACCGCCAUAACAUGUACAAGGAGGCCUUUGAGAGUUGGGCCAACGCCAGUGACGUCAUCCGCCUUUACAACUAUUCCCGAGAUGACGAAGAGAUUUACAAGGAGUUAAUGGAGAUCGCUAACGAGUUGAUUCCUCACAUAAUGAAGGUGGUGAGCUCCGGCCACAGUGCUCGGUCGAUCCUUAAAGAUCCCGAGUGUUUUGCGUAUCUGCUGCGGUUCUACGACGGCAUCUGCCAGUGGGAGGAAGGUAGCCCAACCCCAGUGUUGCACAUCGGCUGGGCAAAACCCCUCGUCAACACUAUCUCUAAAUUUGAUGCAGAGGUGAGAUCACAAGUGGUUAUUUUACCAGGCGGUCUACUUGAAGGGUCAGAAAAGGACGGAAAAGAGGGUGGUGACGUGAUCAACAACAAUAACGACUGUUGUAAAACCCGUGAAGGCGAUCUGAUCUCCUCGCUGGAGUCCAAAGUCAAAGACAAACAAGCCGCACUUCACCCGAGCAUCGAAGCUCUGACUGCUGCGUGCGGCGAGAGAAUUCUCAACCGAGACUUUCUCAUUCAGGGCGGUGGAGAACCGUUUGUGGGCGGCGCCGAACUGGCAUCCUCAUCUAAUGUCGAUCUUUUGAAAACGGAAACCACUCAGCCGAAACUGGUGUUGCACAGUGAGAAGAUGAGAGGACUGAAGGAUCUUCUGUUGGCGGAGAAACUGAACACUCACGCCAUCAGUCUGCAACUGACGGCUCAGUCACAGGUGCAGGUAGGUAAGAAGGUGAGGGAGGAGCAAGGAUUGGGCACACGACCCAAGCGAACCAGGAGAGAGUAACUGAGGGUAAAAUCAAAACUUAUUUGAGGAGGGAUUCUGGGAGAUCGGAUUCGAAUUUUGAAAAUCAACUGUCGAUUCUGGUUUGUUUUAUUUACGAAAAUACAGUAAAACCCUAACCAACCAAAAAGAGGCAAGGCCGGUUUGGAUAACUCAUUUUUCAGUUAUUGAGUGUUUUUAAUAUAAGAAGUAUUUUAAUCCUAAGCGAUUCAACAUUCAACUUUAUUUCAUUACGUUACAACAUUCAAUUUUUACAUUGUUUCAAUUGUCAUCUUAAAAUCUACUAUUUUAUUUUCCCAGCUGCCAACUACCCGCUCUACAACAGACAAAUCCUGUUGUCUAGCUUAUUUUCCUUUCCAAUGGAUUUUAAUAUUUUAUUAUGGCUUCGAUUUGGGGUUUGGUUAGAAUGGGGUUUACUGUACAAAGCAUUCUCAACUUCAAUUGCAUUUGCAAGUAAGUUUUUUUGUUGUUUUUAAAGGUGACAAGUACUUAUUUAAUUAGUUUCAAUGGUACAACUUAUCCAUUUGAGGUUGAAUGGUAUGUGUCGCAAGAAUGUUUUGGUAAUUUUUAAUUUUUUAACAAUGCAUCUAAUCAAAAUGUUUUAAAACUUCAAAUGUAUUUAGAAAUUAAGUUAAAUGUUCAAAUGUUACAAUAGAACAAUCUAUGUUUGGUUAAAAACUACUUCUAAAACAUCUUUCAGCACUCAUAUGUCCAUGUUGUUUAUAUCUUUCAACCUCAAAGGGUUAUAAAAAAACUAAUUUUGUCACAUGAAUGAUUUCAGCAAUUUUUUACAACUUUUUAUUACCGGUUAUAUUUUACAAACCCAGUUUUUGUUGUGUUAAAAACUUGUCAAAACGUUUGACAUUAAAAUGACAGAUGAUCUAUCUUUGAUUCCAUAUGCCAUCUUUUUCGAAUAUUGAGUAAGCAAUUUGGAGGCUUGUGUAAGUCGUAAAUUUUUUAGUCUACUCGUAAUCUCUAGUCCUCUACUAGGUUUAUGGAAGAGUAUGUGAUCAUCUCCUAAUCGGUGUUUGCCUUAGGGUUUGUUUAGUUUUAUUGCGCUUUUUACAAAGUCAUUUUCAAAAAUGAGAUUUUGAAGGUUAUUUAAAUUUUUAAUUUCAAAGCUGCAGUUUUAAUUUAUUCUAAGUGUUAUUUUUUAAUUGUUUCCUUAAUACUCUUGUUAAGUGUUUGACAUUGUUUUUGUUGUGAUAAAUGUCUAAUUUAUAAUUUUGACGCAUGCACUUAAAGUGUAUUUAGUCUACUAAGUUAUGUGAGCAGGCUUUAAAUGUUGGGUCAACGACUGAUCAUCGUUAUCAAUUAAUAAUUAAUUGUUGUUUUAUCGUUUACUUAUUUAAUGUUUUACAUUUUUUUGGGGUUGUUUAUUUCUAAGAGAAAAUUGGUACUAAAAUAUUUUGACGUGAAACUCCUUAUAUUAUUGAAUUUUUGAAGAGUUGGCUUACAUAUAAAGAAGUCGUUAAAGUUUAAGUCUUUAAACAAUCUGUUCGGAAAGAUAUAAACCAUUCUUUAAGCUUUAAGUAUGUUGACCCGAUAUCAAAACUGUUGCUUUUAGAUCUGUAUUUUUAGUGUUUUAGAGUAUAUUUUUUAUAUUGUACUCCCUAGCAGAGAUGCUGUUAUGUACUUAGGUCAGUUGGUUGGUGCAAACAUGGUAGGUGCACAUAAAAACAUUUUUGUAUCAUGUCAGUUGCAGAGUAAAAGUAUUCAUACUAUAAAGUUAUGUUAAGUUUUAAAACUUGUUGACGUUAGUAGUUGAUAUUAGAUCAAUUGUGAUCACAUCAUGAGUUUGUAACUUGAGACUUGGGUCUAUCACUGUAUAAUCUUUUCAGUAAUGUUAGGUCUUGGUUGUGCUUUUAACAUGGUUUAGGUUGCGGCACGUAUCACAGUGAAAAUUUGACCACACCUUUUUUUGACAUUAUGAUUAUGAAUGCAAUGAAACAACUGUUUAGGUUCCUCGAUACUGAUUUUGUCAAUGUAAACUUAUAAUUUGACCUCAUAAAAAAAUGAAAACACUGGAAUGAUGACAAAUGUAAAACUAUUAUCUACUUAAGGUUAUCCCACUUAAAAACCCCGUAUAAGGAUUCUUAAAUAUUUGUCAUUAAAUUUCAUUACCAUGAAGGAAAUGUAAUCUUUAAAUAAUUAGCUUUACUAAUAUUAAUAUAAGACUUAAUAUCCUUAGUAAUUUUGUUUUUUUCAAACUUUCAUGUUUAAUUGGCUUAAAAAACUUGUUUUCAAGUUUAAAGAGGAAUUUUUGAAUAUUUAUUACCAGUUUUUGUAAACUAUUUAUUGGAUAUUCACGGUGCCGCUAAAAUAAUUGCACUGUGGCUAAGUCACAAUUUGACAUUUGUUGUUUGUUGCAAUAUUUAAAAAAUGAAUAAUGUACAUAUUGUAGUUAUUCAAACAAUAUGAAUUGUUAUACUGAACUAAACCAUUUUUAUACACCGUAAAUACUGAGUGAACUAAUUAUUUUACCCUUGAAAAAAAUAUUUUUUUGGAUUUUCAAUAGUUAUAAAAUUGUUUUCAAAUACAUGUUGAAUAAGUUUCUUACAUUGAAGUGAAACUAAGAGGGCCGCCCCAAAAUGAACAUACAUUUUGCAAUGACGCUGCACGGUUCGAUGCUUUUUCCGCCAUCCUAGUAUCAGAGUGUUUCUACACCCGGUAUACAUCCAACUACAGCAACAGAAUUGUUUUAUCAAUAGUUGUCUGAUGUGAAGUGUAACAACAGUGCUGUCUUUGCAGACUGUCCCGCCAAUAAUUGUAAAUGAGCUGUGUAAUCAGAUUUUUGUUCGCAAAAUUUCACACACCAAUUGUAAUUUAUCGCCAGGUUUGGGAUUUUUAUGGUAAAGGAGUAAUGAGCCUAGUGAUUAUUCGUGCAUUGAAUUAAAGUCGUGCUUUAAAAAUUAAUUAAAACCUUUUUUACUCUUCGUCGCAAGUCUCAGUUUUUUUAUCGAUCAAAACUUUAGAAUCCAUUAGAAACCAAAUUUCUGUGGACCAAGUUUUUUAUGCAAUUUUAUGAACCAAGCUCCGUGAAAUUAAGGGAAAAUGUUAUUGUAAAUAUAAUUGUGAAACCCUGAUUUUCACAAAUUUUGGUUGUUGACUCCCUAUCAGUUCAACAGCCAAUAGAAUAGGCCUAACACUGGUCAUGAUUGUGAACAUUUGUUUGGAUAAUUUUAACAUUAAUUCUCCAUUUUCUUACACAGCCUUUAAUUACAACUACUUUGUUAUGAAUAUCACAAAUCUGCUGAUUUAUUUCCAUUUGCUUUGGAUUUUUCAACAAAAAACUUAUCACAGUACAACUCGCAGGAUUUCCAAUAACAAUUUAACACUUCACUUCAGACAAUGUACGAGAUAUUAUUCGCAUGCCCCUAUGGCUGGAUGCAUACUGAGUGUAGGAACGCACUAAGACGGUGGCAGUAGAGCCGCCUCUAGCGGAAUAGAUGCGAAACAUCUGUUACUUUCUGGACAGUCCUUGUAUUUUUUCAACUCGUUGAAGCUACAUAAAUUGAAAGUAUGAAUUUAAUGUGUCUAAUUUGAUCAUUUACAUUUACAGUUUUACCAUACAUUUAAAACUGCUAAGCCAACAUCGUAGUUUGUCGGUGUCAAAUUUUUUGUCAAGAUUCAUUUUGGUUCUUUAACUUAUUAAAAUGUUAACCUUUCGCAUGAAUUGAUCAAUUUUCCAUACUUUAUUGUAACUAAAUUAGGUAUCACUAAAGAUUUGAGUGAAUUUUAUGGCCACAAAACACAAUACUGUUCAGGAACUAUGACGGAAACUUAAUCUUGGUCAUUGAUGGAUUAAAGCCCGAAUAUAAAAUUACAUUUUACAGAUUUGGCCUUGCUUAAAAAUUGCAGUUUUAGCAUUUUGACAUUUUAUAUGAUUGGAAUUGGAAGAUUGUGUUAAGUUUUUUGUAAAUAACUAUUUCUAGUACAAAUUUGAGGAAGUCUUUCACUUGUUUAUCCUAAUGUUAAAAUUUGUGUUUUCAAACUACUGUAUCUAUUUAAGAAUGUGUUUGUUAAGGUCAAUUAGGAAUGACACAAAAGUUUUAUUUAAAAAGAGUUCAACCGAUCUUAGUUUUUAUUUAUAACUAGAAUCUAGAAAGAGUUCAAAUAUAUUAUUAAACUGUUGCAGUCAUGUUUCUUCAAAACAAUGUUUAAGCACAUAGUCUCUACUACUGUUUUCUACUAUGUUUUUUGAUAAGAAAUAUUAAUUUUAAUCUACCUGUGUGUUGGUAGGUUUUCACUUUUUAUCUUUGGUAAUGUUAUUAAACUAAACCUACUAAACCUUUUUCUGUCCUAAAAUUAAUCUGUUUUUCUUGGGAUUUCAUCACCUAAACAUAAUAUUGUAGUGAUUUUAAAGUAACGUAACAAUAAAUCAGUAUUAUUAACAUAUUGGUACAGUCAUGCUAUAAUUUAUUAAUAUAGCAACUAUUUUCAUGAAGCCGGUAGCGGCAUAUAGAUAUCCUGUUAAGCUGCAUGUUAUCGUAGUUAAAUGCAAUAUAUACCGUUGAACCAUGAUGUUUUAUGUGAUUGUUAGGUACUGUGUAAAUAAACAGAAACAUGUCAAUAAUAGAAACAGUUAGCUUUCUCUAUUUAGGCGAAGUUUUAUACUGGCUCAGUCAUGGGCGAAUGUCAGAAAUGUUGAAAAGGUUGAAACCCUUUUCAGGUUUUUGCUGCUGUUUUGGUUAGUUUUAAUAGUUUUACUAAUAACUCACUUGUAGAAUCCACAAUUUGUAAUGCUUAUAAUAAUAGAUUUUAUGGGAUAUUUUAAAUGGUGCUGUCCUUAAAUACUUUAAGCAAUGAUGUUUUUAAAUAUUUUUUCCUUAAAAUAUGACAUACUUUAUUUACUACUACUACUACUACUACUACUACUACUACUACUACUACUACUACUACUACUACUACUACUACUACUACUACUACUUUAUUCACCCUUGUUUUAAAUCAUUAUUCACAUAGGUUUUUGUGUUGUUCAAUAUGAAUGAGUGCUGAGUGUGCACAUUUAGACUUUGGGUGCUUUUAAUUGUUUUAAACUGUUCACUUUGUGGUUAGAUGGGAUCGUUUUAUAAUUUAAUUAAUCAUAAAAUUACUUUUUCCUUUGCUAAUAAGUAUAUAAUUGUUUUAUAUUAUGUGUACCCUAAUUUUAAUUAAUGUUUCUGAAACAAUUUGCAUCUAAAUUUUAGAAAGUAUGUAAUGUUUUUAAUAUUGCUAGAAUGAUGUUGAGAUUUUUAGUGAUCACAAGGCUGAUUUUUAAAUGCAAAAGAAUGCAUCUUAUAGUUCUUUGGUUUAUUUUCAGUGUUUAAAAUACAAUAAUACAUUGUUAAAAUUUUUGGUAGCUACAUUCCAUUGGUCAUCUUGCCAAGCUAAGAUCAUAAUCGUCAGCAAGAAUAUUUAAAAAUUCAAGUGUUUGAACUCUUUUCAGUUCUAAGCCAAAUAUUUUUCCAUCAAAAUUGUUUAUGAAGUAUCUAUAAUUUAUCACCUAGGCAGGUCUCGAUAAUGAAAAUUACUAUUUUUGUUUCAAUAUCUUUGUUGCAAUGGUAUUGUUAAAUAGUGCAGGCCUAGUAUUUGAACAUUGUUUUACUAUGCAAAUUGGUCAUCUGCCAUCUUUUAGUGGACAAAAUUAUGAUAGCCUUUAGUUUUAUUCUUGUUUACCACAUUGUAAAACCAACAAUUCAAAACCAUUGAAGGGAUCAAAACUCAUGAAUUACAUUUAAAAUGCUUAGUACUGAAAGAGUUCAUCGAACCAAUAUCAAUGUUUUCUAUUUUAAAAUGUUGUAUGCAGUUUUAAUUUGCAAAAAGAUAUUUGAUUAUUUUGUUUCAGUCCUUGACACCUAGUUUUCUUGUUUAGAUUACUGUUACGUUGUAAAUAUGCAGCUGCAAGUGGCCAACUGUUAAAUGAUAAGGUGUAUUGUAAAAUGAUGUAAAUAACUGAUUAGGGUUGAUUGUAGGUUUAGUGCAAGGCUGCUGCAACUUUGGGGAUGGGCUCGCUUUUUUGCAUUUUUUUACCAGGAAUGGAGGGUUCUUAAUUGUUUGAAUUUUUUACUCAAGUUGUUUUUUGUUUGUUAGAUCUAGAUCUGUGUAGAUCGUAAAUAAUGUUGAAAAAAUAGUGUUAUGUCAAAUGGCAUAUAUGUCCUCAUGAAAUGUUUUUUUUUUAUGUAAUGAUAACAUUUUGAAAUUGCGUAUCUCCAUUUCUGGUUUCUGGAAGUAAGAUAGUUUAUUUUAAUGCAAUUUUUAUGUAGUUUUUUUCUUCUCAGGUUUUAGUAACUUUCUCAGGUUUAGUUUCGGCUCAUCCUAAAGUCCCAUGACUGUGAUGACUGUUAUUUAUAAGGUGAAUAGAUUUCCAAGUAUUUUUGUAAAAGUGAUGUAAAUUAACUAUUGAAAUAUUCAGUGUUGUACGUUAUACUAUUUAUUUGGGUGCUUUUGAAGUUUGUCUUUGGAACCCUUUAGAUAUACUCACCUAGGGUGAACAUAAUAUGUUUAUUUAACUACUGUAAUUCCACCAGGAAAGUUAAAAAUCUCACCAACCCUAAUGACAUAACCUUUUACUUUGAACUUCCCCUAUGUCCGUGUCAUGUUCCGAAGCUAAAGCAAUUAUCAAAAAUAUAUGUCUUAGCUAAGUCGUAAGUUAACACCUCUAUUACUAGCUUCAGACUUUGAUGUAUACAUUGUGUGUAUCAUAAUGUUUCAGUGUAAUAGAUGAAUCUAUCAAAUAAUAGU